CCUGCCAAUUUAUGCUCUCAAGCUCUGCCACCACCUGCCAUUUUAUGCUCUCAAGCUUUCAUCGCUCACCAGGAUGAGGAGGGCAACUAGUUGUGGUUCAGCUCUUGCGUUGUGUACUAUUACGAUUUUGCUGUCACUGAGCUAUUCCAGUUCCGAAACUGUGCACCGGAGCCAAUUUCCUUCGUCGUUCCUGUUCGGCACUGCUACCUCUUAUUACCAGGUUGAAGGAGCCUACUUGGCGGGUCAUAAAAGCCUCAGCAAUUGGGAUAUUUUCACGCACAUACCUGGAAAGAUUGAGGAUGGAACCAAUGCAGAUGUUACCGAUGAUCAGUAUCAUCUUUUCAUGGAGGACGUAGCGUUGAUGAGUGAUCUCGGGGUGAAUGCUUACAGAUUCUCCAUAUCUUGGGCCAGAGUCCUCCCAAGUGGUCGAUACGGAGAGGUAAACUCGGCUGGCAUAGAUUAUUACAACAACCUCAUAGAUGCACUUUUACUUGCAGGUAUAAAACCAUUCGUCACGCUGAAUCAUUACGAUAUUCCUCAAGAAUUGGAAGAUCGAUAUGGUUCUUGGUUGAGUUCUGAAAUACAGCAGGAUUUCGGGUACUUUGCAGACGUCUGUUUUGAAGCUUUCGGGGAUCGUGUACAGUAUUGGACUACAUUUAACGAGCCUAAUGUUUUCGUGUAUGAUGGGUAUCUCAGUGGUACAUACCCACCCGCCCGUUGUUCUCAACCAUUCGGCAACUGCUCUGCUGGGGACUCUGCUUUAGAACCGUAUAUCGCCACACAUAAUGUAGUACUAUCUCAUGCCACUGCCGCUGAAAUUUACCGAAAUAAAUAUCAGGAAAAACAAAGAGGAAUGAUUGGAAUUGUGAUAUCUGCCCACUGGUACGAGCCAUACAGCGAGACACCAGUCGAUCGUCUAGCGAGGGAGCGUGCUAUGGCUUUCCAGUUUGCAUGGUUUGUGGACCCACUGGUAUAUGGAGAUUACCCACCGGAGAUGCGUCAAGUGUUAGGAUCACGACUGCCAAUAUUUUCUGCAGAGGCGAGGCGAAAGCUAGAAACCAAGUUGGAUUUUAUUGGAAUAAACCAUUACACGACCCAAUAUGUUAAGGAUUGUAUGUUCUCCCCCUGCCCUAAUUCACUUUCUUAUGGCGAAGCAUGUGUUUAUCUCACCGGAGAGAAAGACGGAGUAUAUAUCGGAAAUCAGACUGCAUUGGACGACUUCUUUGUUGUUCCAAGAGGAAUGGAAGCUAUGGUAACGUACGUGAAAGAAAGAUACAACAACACUCCCAUGUUCAUUACGGAGAAUGGAUAUGCGCAAGCGACAGGCCCAGAAAGCGUUGUGCUCCAUGACACGAGUAGGAUAGCCUACCUAGAGAGCUAUUUGGCUGCUCUAAGCAAAGUGAUGAGGACAGGAGCUGAUGUGAGGGGUUACUUCACAUGGUCAUUAUUGGACAACUUCGAGUGGUUGCACGGUUACUUGGUCCGGUUUGGCCUCUACUAUGUGGACUUCACUACGCUGCAGAGAACACCGAAAAUGUCCGUUAAAUGGUACAAGAAUUUCCUCUCGGGUGAAGAAACACAGAAGCCAUCAAUGUGAGCUCUUCAUAAAAUAUGUACCAUUAAGUUGUAACCUAUCAACUUGCUCAGUUUUAUAUGCAUGAGCAUCUAUAAUUAGUAGCUGUUGCUUGUAAUUUUUGACAAAUUGAAGGACAAUGAAACUCUUAUUUAUUUGGUAUUAGGCAUA